AUGCUAGGCCCUUCCGAGCCGCCCAGCAGCAGCCGAGCCGCCCAACAGCAGCCGAGCCGCCCAGCAGCAGCCGAGCCGCCCAGCAGCAGCCGAGCCGCCCAGCAGCAGCCGAGCCGCCCAGCAGCAGCCGAACCGCCCAGCAGCAGCCGAGCCGCCCAGCAGCAGCCGAGCCGCCCGGUACCUGCGCCGCCCGAGCCGCCCGAGCCGCCCGAGCCGCCCGAGUCGCCCGAGCCGCCCGAGCCGCCCGAGCCGCCCGAGCAGCCCGAGCCGCCUGCUGCUGACCUACCCGACUCUCCCAUCCCGGUGAGACUUUCAGCUGCUGCCAUGGCCACCCCCAAUGUUCUCACUUUUGACGCUGAGGGGAGGGCCAUUGACUUUGCCGUCUGGAUCGAGGACCUGCAGCUGUACUUACUGUGUGAUGCGGUAGAUGAGGUCUCUCUCUUUGACUUUGUCUCUGGCGCUGUCCCUGCCCCGCCUGCUGAUGCUGACUCUGCCGUUCGCUCCAAGUGGGCGACCCGCGAUGCUGCUGCACGUCUUGCUGUGCGUCGCCACCUCCCUUCCUCUGAGCGUGCCCACUUUAGUCAGUGCAAGACCGCUCAGGCCUUGUACGACGCUGUAGUUGCGCGCUACUCCUCCCCUUCCUCCGCUACCCUUAGCCGCCUCAUGCUACCGUUUCUCUUCCCUGACCUCGCUUCCUUUCCCACUGUCGCUGACCUCGUUACCCACCUCCGCGCUAGUGACACCCGCUACCGCGCUGCCCUUCCUGCUGAGUUCCGCGCUGCGAACCCUCCUCCCAUGUACAUCACUCUCUACUUUCUCGUCACCCGUCUCCCUGAGUCCCUUCGUGUCGUUAGGGACCGGUUUCUCUCUGGGCCUCUCGGGGUGACCCUCGCACCCCCAUCUUUGAGGGGUGUGGUCCCUCCCCCCUGCUGCCCUCUGUCGCCUCUGCCGCUGCGGCCGACCUCGUUGGUUUUGAGUCGGUCGGCGCGGCGUCUGCCCCCAGUGGCAGACGCCGCACUGGCAAGGGCAAGGGGUACAAGGGAGCGGGUGGAGCCAGAGGGGGCGGUGGAGGAGGCGGUGGGGGUGGAGGGGGGAGUGGGGGUGGCGGGGGGGGUGGUGGCGGGAGUGGAGGUAGUAGUGGCGGCGGUGGAGGCGGAGGUGGCGGCGGAGGUGGUAGCGGAGGAGGCGGUGGGAGCGGUGGGAGCGACGGUCCUGGUGGGGGAGGUGGCGGUGGCGACGGGGGUGGCGGUGGAGGCGGGGGUAGCGGUGGAGGAGGGGGUCGGAGUGGCUCGUCCCAGCGGAGCAGCUCUGGGGGUGGUCAGCGCCAGCAGCAGCAGCAGCAGCAGCCGCAGCAGCAGCCGCAGCAGCAGCAGCGCUCUCGCACCGUCCCCGGCCCUCAGCAGCUCCGUGAGUGGUACUUGA